ACCGAUUUAGACGCUCUCUGCGCGUUAACGGUGUUCUCGUUUUGUGUUUUCGUCCGCCGUUUUUUAGCCACCCCCCGCCGGCCCCCGCCCACUUUUUGCGCGAGUGUCGAUUAUUGUUUUGCUGAAUGAAAAGGAUCAAAUAGGGGGAUUGCAAUGAAUCCUACAGAAUGCAUUCGCUGCACGGACAGUUCAUGAGAAUUUGACAUUUAAGUGCAAGUGAGUUUUAGCCGCAAACUGCAGUUUGGCUUUGCAAUUUGUUGUGUUUUUGUUUUUCUUGGCGUGGGCUAAGAUUGGCGGACACACCCACCCGAAAACAAAAAGUAGUCCAUAAAUAUACGAAAUUAUAUAUUUGUGUGUGUGCGAGUGAGAGGAAAGGGACUCGAGCCGGUUUUCGCGAGUUAAUUGACAAAGCAAAACAGAAAAAUAAAACAUAAGCAAACAAAAGCAAACAACGAAAAGUAAACAAAGGCUAUUAUAAACUGCGGUUAUGUUCCAAACAAACUGAAAGAUCGUUCUGCGGAUCCGAGGAAGACCAUAACAAUGCUCCAUACCCAAUAAUUAGCUAUCACACAACCCACGCAUUCCAAUAACAUGACCAAAUUCCCCCCCGCCCUGCUCCCGAAACAUGGCCAAAUUCCUGGCAGCCCUUGGCAUCUGCUUUUGGUUCUUCGUUUCGGCCAACGCUCACAACUGUCAGCAUCAGCAUCCCAAGGCCCACGAGGUCGUCCAUGGCGUGCGCAUCCAACUGGCUGAUGGCGAAGAAGACUCCUCCUUGGACUCAGCCAGGCAUAGCGUGCGCCGGCGCAGCGUUGCCGCCGAGCAGCCGCUGCGAAUUCUGCUCGUCUACGAUGACUCCGUCUACAGGUUGGAAGAGGAGAAAUUUAAUUUGAUAAAUGACACCGUGCUCCCGGAGGCCGUACAGUUCUGGGAACAGGCACUGAUGGUCCGAGAAACCAAGGGCGUCAUUCGCCUCAAUAGGAAAUGCGAUAGCACCCAGGUGUACGUGAAGAAUGGCCACACCCACUGCAUUGACCACUGCAAGGCGACGACGAUGUGCGGCGAAGUCCAGGUUCCCAACGAGCACUUGGACGUCUGUCGUGUUUGCAAUGCCACUGGUCAGAAUUGUCGAAUUGAUAAUAAUACGCAGCCGGGAGAAGGAAUAGAGAAUGCAGACUUUGUGUUUUAUGUGUCGGCUAGACAAACCCAACGAUGUUUUAAGGGACUGACGGUGGCUUACGCUGCCCAUUGUCAGCAGGAAGCGGCUCUGGAUCGGCCAAUUGCCGGACACGCCAAUCUUUGUCCGGAGAGCAUUAGCACUAAGCCGCAGGAGCUGCAGACGCUGAUCUCAACCGUAAAGCAUGAGAUUCUGCAUGCACUGGGAUUCUCCGUGAGUCUGUACGCUUUCUUCAGGGAUGAUGAGGGAAAACCACGGACGCCACGAAAAUCGGACACAGGCAAGCCGUACCUGAAUGAAAAAUUGCAGAUUCACCAGUGGAGCAACGAGACCAUACGCAAGGUGAUGCGAGAAAACUGGUCUGUGCGUGGUGGCCAUGUCAACAAGAUGGUGGACAUGAUGGUCACUCCCCGUGUGACGGCGGAGGUGCGUGCCCACUUCAAUUGCGAUAAGCUGGAGGGCGCCGAGCUAGAGGAUCAGGGUGGCGAGGGAACCGCCCUGACCCACUGGGAGAAGCGCAUCCUUGAGAACGAGGCGAUGACUGGCACGCACACACAGUCGCCGGUCUUCUCGCGCAUCACCCUCGCCCUGAUGGAGGACUCUGGCUGGUAUCGCGCCAACUACUCCAUGGCCACGCCUUUAACCUGGGGAAAGGGUUUGGGCUGUGCGUUUGCCAUGCGCAGCUGCAAGGAUUGGAUACAGUUGAAUCAUGCCAGGGGUCGCUCCAUUCAUCCCUUCUGCUCGAAGGUCAAGCAGGAUCCCCUGCAGACCGAGUGCACCGACGAUCGAAACUCGGUGGCGUUGUGCAAUCUUAUCCGUCAUGAGUUCGAGUUGCCCAAGGGCUAUCAGAACUUCGACAGCCUGAAUCAUGUGAAGGAUGGCGAGGAAGGUUUCUACGGUGGAUCCGUCUCACUGGCGGAUCACUGUCCCUACAUUCAAGAGUUCACCUGGCGCAGCAAGAAUGUGAUAGUGCGGGGAUCCCAUUGUCGAUUCACAGAAAACAAUCCAAAGCCGGAGAAGAACUUCGCGUUGGAGAGCUACGGCGAAGGAGCCAAGUGCUUCGACCACAGCGAGUCCAUGUGGGAGGAGCGAUCCUGCCACCAGACACGCGAAUGGCAGCACUGGGGCAGUGGAUGCUACAAAUACGACUGCUUCGACGGACGCCUGCACAUUUUGGUUGGCAACUACAGCUACAAGUGCUCCUUCCCCGGGCAGAAGCUCUCCAUUCGGAUCGCAGCCAAUGGAUGGCUGCACAAGGGAGCGAUCAUGUGUCCACCGUGCCACGAACUGUGCGGAUCCCAGUUCGCUGCCGAGGGCAAACAGUGUCGUCCGGGCGAGGAGCCCGAUCCGCUCAACAAAUACCCGCGCGACAACCUCGCUUGCGGAGCGGCCAGCGAGGUAUCACGUUCCGUGGCCAUAAUCACCGCUGCUCUCCUGCUCUUCGGUCUGCGGUGCGGUUUCAGUUAGGCUGGCCAGCAUGCAUGGUGCAGUUUUACUUGCUCUUUAUGUAUUUAGUGAAAUUUGUACAUUUUAGCUGUAUGAUGUAAGCUCAACUUGUCUAAACGUAGGUUUACUGUAAGCGUAAAACUCCCGAGAUUUGAGUGGGUCGGUUUUUUGGCAAAGAAAUUUGAACAAUUUCCUAUAUACUAUUGUGUCUGAAUUAUGGAUAUAGCCUUUUUCAGCUAAGGAAAAUUGUUUCAAACUAUGCUCAAAUAUUAACUAGUUUAAAACGCAUUGUUUUGCUAGACUUUCUCUAUAUUUCUGUGCAUUCAAAAAAAAUUGACCCCACCAAACGAUAGCUUGUAAUUUGUCCAUCCCAAAAUGUGAUCUUUUUUAAGUGUGUCCUCGGAUCUUUCCUGCAUUUUGAAAUGUUGGCUCUGUGCAAAGCCAUUCACUUUAGAGUGGAGCAUCCAAAGACAGGUCUAUGCUUUUUGAAUACUGAUCUGUACAUUCCAAAGCCUAUUGCGAACAAUAUUUGAUAUUCAGAACGGUAGCAUUUGGAAGUCCAUUUGCGUGUUGUUAAAUUUUUUGUUAUUUAUUAUGAAUAUGGUUUUCUAAAUUCGUUGAUUGCCUUGUGAUUUAUGUAUCCGAUUAGUUUCGCUUAAGUUAAAUGUGUUUUUUCCAUUUCAGCUGCCUAUCAAGCAUUUAAGAUUUGUAAACAGAGCACUUGAUUUGUAAUUUAGCUUUUAAGAACCUACACUUGAAAUGUGAAUAAACCAAGAGACCCUUAUAAUCGCAAAA